UCUAUAUAAUAAUCAAAGAUUCCAUCCUAAAAUUAUAUCCUCUAAUGGCAACCACUCUUAGGUUCUUCUUUCUCUUCACUCUCACUCUCAUACUUGCUCAUUUUUCCACUACCUAUGGAGUAUUCUCGGAACACUCCAACAUCAUGUUACCAACAAAUCAACAAAACACAGAAAAAACAACUCAUUUGCACUUCUUUUACCACGAAAACUUAGAAGGAGAAAAUCCAACAGUUAUAAAAAUUAUAGAUCCAUCAACUCAGUCACCAAAUGGAUUUGGAACAAGUUUCAUGAUGGACAACAUCUUAACAGAAGAACAAGACAUAACCUCAAAAGCUGUUGGUAGAGCUCAAGGAUUAUUCGGUUUGGCAUCUUUGGAAGAUCGCGGAUUGGUAAUGUUGAUUAAUCUCGUUUUUAUCGAAGGUGGAUUCGCUGGUAGUACUCUUAGUUUGCUUGGAAGGAAUCCUGUUCAAGAUACAGUUAGAGAAAUGCCUAUUGUUGCUGGCAGUGGUGUGUUUAGGUUUGCUAGAGGAUAUGCUGUCGUGAAGAGUCUUUAUGAGAUUUCAACAUCUGAAAAUUUUGUUGUUGAGUAUAAUGUCACUGUUUCUCAUCCAUAGAACUCUUGCAAGGUCUUCUUUUUAGGAUUAUUGUUUUCAUUUUGAGCAAUUAAGUAGUUGUUUUGAAUUAUUAAAAAUAAAAAUUCUACUCUUGUUGUUUUAAUAUUUAGAAGAAUGUUUGUGAGUAAUAUAAGAAUAUUUCUUAAGA